UCUGAUGUUAUUUUUUUGUGAAUUUUUCGCAGAAAGCUUGAACAUUUGAUGAAGUUUCAUGUCCCCAAAUUUCAGAUUUUUUUGACAUUGUUUGAUCAUGUUUUUUUUAUUUUUUUCCAAACUCGGGUGUAGGUACACCCGAGAGUAGAAAAGCUGGUCUCUGUGUGCAACCAUAAGCUACCUAAUCAAGAAAGAUGAGCAACAGAGCAGUGUUUAAUCAACCGUGAGCUCGAUCCCUUCCUUGUCAUCUCAUCAAGGUCGACCAAUGGCGUUUCUAGGAGGUUCAUUGCGCAUGACGAGGAGCAUCGGCAGCCAGAAGAUGAUGGAGGGGAAGAGCCACGGCGGGUCAGGGUCAUGGCGUCAGGCACCGGCGCCCGUGAGGCAGCUCUUCUGGAGAGUGAGGCGCACCAUGCUGAGGCCGAAGCGCCGUGCCCUGAGUUUUGGGUACGACCUCAAGAGCUACUCCCAGAACUUCGAUGACGACCUCGUCACUGCCCACCGCCUCUAGCUAGCCACACCCGCAGGGUCUUCUACUUCUUCUUCUCAAUUUUACUUGCCGCCUGGCCGGACUAUCGCCCGAGGCUGGAGAGUUUGAAGCGUCGUCACCUUGUG